CCGAACCAAACAAGCCCGUAGCUUGUUAGCUGUUUGAAAUCGGAAACGCGGGAGCGAGCAAUAAAACUAUAAAGGCGGGAGAGAGACCGGAGACAACCAUCCUCUUCCUUCCCCAGCAACAAAACAACCGCUGAAAAGUUGAAGCCAACGAGAGAUGAAGUUCAAAGCAUUCCUCACCCAGGAUGGCGUCAACCUCCUCGACAAGCGCUUCCUCCCGGCCCUCGACAAGCUUGGUCGCAUCUGCCAUGUCUACCUGACGCCCGACCACGCCAUGUUCCUCCACAACCUUCUUGGCGGCGAUGGCGUCCAGUCCGUCGCCCAGUUCAAGAAGGACGUCCUCUUCCGGGACUACGGUAUCUCCAGCCAGAACGCUGACCGUAUCGCCUUCGCCAUCGACGCUGCCCUCCUCCACCGCGCCCUCCGCAGUGCUGUCACCAUCCAGACCCAGGCCGGGGAUGACACGACCGCUAUCCAGAUUAAGCUGGUCAAGAAGCUCCCUGCCGGGUCUCGCAAUCCCACGCCGUUCCUCACCUUUGAGACAAAAGGGUUGCGCUCGGCUGUUGUGCAAGAUGUCCCCAUCUCGAAGCCUCUCUCUCGGGCCGAUGUUCUCCAGCUUCAGUCUGCCCUUGAUGCUGCCCAGGACCUCCCCCGGACUCUGGUUCAGGUACCGGAUCUGGCCCAGCUGCAGAACCUGGUCGACCGGCUCAAGAAUGUCGGGGAGCUGCUCACGGUCGCCAUUACACAGUACGGUGACCUCCAUCUGCAAGUCUCAACCUCUCUCAUCACUGUUGGUUCAGAGUUCAGGAGGCUCCGGGUCCUUGGGGUGCAUGCCAAUGCUCCAGUGGGGGACCAGAACUUGAGUGCUCCAACACGCACUGAAAUGGCAAUUCAAAGGGGGGAAGCACUUUCAGUGCAAGUGAGCAUGAAGCACCUUGCCAAGAGUCUGCAAUGCCAUUUGGCAAAGCCAGAUUGUUCCUUUUAUGGUAUAGCUCCACAAGGUGCUUGCUUGAUGGUGAUAUUCCAGUUCUUCAUCCCAGGAACAAGAUUGACGGAUAAAUCCAUCAGCUUCCACUGCAGACUUCCAAUCCUUGACCCAGGCUCUAGCUGAGAAAAGGCAGUUCAAGAUUACUUGACCUCAAGUAGAUGGUUCCAAAAUGACCAGACAGCAUCUCCCAUAUACUUUAUUCCUGGAAGGUUUGUAAUCUGAUCAGUUAGUUGAACCUCUAGAAGAUUCCUCUGUACUCUUCUUACAUUAUCUGUCAAUAAUUUUGUAGUGUUAGGAUUUGUGUGCCUAGAGUUAGAUAUGACUGAUGAGAGUUGGUAAUAGACAAUGUACAUUUGAAAAGAAAACAAGAAUAAACUUUAAUGAUUUCAGGUUGUG